AUGGACAGGCUCGGCGCGAACCCGGCCAACUCCUGCCCACUCACGCCGCUGGGCUUCCUGGAGCGCACCGCCACCGUGUUCGGCGACUGUCCCUCCGUCGUCUACCACGACACCGUCUACACCUGGUCCCAGACGCACCGGCGCUGCCGCCGCCUCGCCUCCGCGCUCGUCUCCCUUGGCGUCUCCCGCGGCGACAUCGUGUCCGUGCUGCUGCCCAACGUGCCGGCCAUGUACGAGAUGCACUUCGGGGUGCCCAUGAGCGGCGCCGUGCUCAACACCAUCAACACGCGCCUGGACGCGCGCACGGUCGCCGUCCUGCUCCGCCACGCCGGCUCCAAGCUCGUCUUCGCCGACCCGGCGAGCCUGCCGCUCGUCCGGGACGCGCUGAGGCAGCUCCCGCCGGGGCACCGGGCGCCGCGCGUCAUCCCCGUCGAGGACCCCCACGAGAAGGAGUUCCCCGCGGCGCCGCCCGGGACGCUGACGUACGAGGCGCUCCUCGACGGGGGCGACCCAGAGUUCGCGUGGGUGCGGCCGCGCAGCGAGUGGGACCCGAUGAUACUGAACUACACCUCCGGCACGACGUCGGCGCCCAAGGGCGUGGUGCACUGCCACCGCGGCAUCUUCCUGGUCACCGUCGACACGCUGGUGGAAUGGGCGGUGCCGAAACAGCCGACAUACCUGUGGACGCUGCCCAUGUUCCACGCCAACGGGUGGUGCUUCCCGUGGGGGAUGGCGGCGGUGGGCGGCACCAACGUGUGCCUGCGCCGCGUCGACGCCGCCGAGGUGUACGCCACCAUCGCGCGGCGCGGGGUGGACAACCUCUGCGGCGCGCCCGUCGUGCUCAACAUGCUGGCCAACGCCCCGGACGCCGCGCGGCGGCCGCUCCCGGGGAAGGUACGCACCCUCACCGCCGGCGCGCCGCCGCCAGCCGCCGUGCUGCACCGCACCGAGUCCAUCGGCUUCGAGGUCACCCACGGGUACGGGCUGACGGAGACGGCGGGGCUGGUGGUGAGCUGCGCGUGGAAGGGGGAGUGGAACAAGCUGCCCGCGUCGGAGCGCGCGCGGCUCAAGGCGCGGCAGGGCGUGCGCACGCCCGGCAUGACCGAGGUCGACAUCGUCGACGGCGAGACCGGCCGCAGCGUGCCCCGCGACGGGUCCACGAUGGGCGAGAUCGUGCUCCGCGGCGGGUGCGUCAUGCUCGGCUACCUCAACGACGACACGGCCACCAGGGCGGCGAUACGGGACAACGGGUGGUUCUACACUGGGGACGUCGGCGUGAUGCACCCGGACGGGUACAUGGAGAUCCGGGACCGGUCCAAGGACGUGAUCAUCAGCGGCGGGGAGAACAUCAGCAGCGUGGAGGUCGAGUCCGUGCUCUACAACCACCCCGCGGUGAACGAGGCGGCGGUGGUGGCGCGGCCCGACGAGUUCUGGGGCGAGACGCCGUGCGCGUUCGUGAGCCUCAAGGAGGAGGGGUCGGGGUCGCCGGGCGCGGUGACCGCGGCGGAUGUCAUCGCGUGGUGCCGGGACCGCAUGCCGCACUACAUGGUGCCCAAGACGGUGGUGCUCCGCGCCGAUCUGCCCAAGACCUCCACCGGGAAGAUCCAGAAGUACGUGCUCCGGAACCUUGCCAAGGAGAUGGGGCCAACCCGCAAGAGCGCCAGCAGCAGCAGCGGCACAGGCAAAGCCCCCUUACCGAUUCUUGGAAAGGAUUUAGGAUAG